CUGAUGCGAGUCAGUAUAGCGGCGUUUUUCAAACUAAACAGAUGAGCUUGGCCAAAAGUGAACAAAGUGUACGAGAGCAGAAAGCGAACGAGCGAAAGAAAAGUCAAAGUAAAAUUGUAUUGGAAAUGUGUAAAGCGAAAGUUGGAAGAAAGUAGAAGACGAAAGAAGAACCUUAAGACAAGAACAUUCCUUGUGUGGAAAGUGAAUUUGUUGCGUUCAAAUUAAAACAACAACAAAAAGUGAUAAUUGCACAUUUCCUCCAAAAAAAGCUGAAAGUGUUCAGAUACAAUUGAAAUUCUAAGAAAAUUUUUGAAUUCUUCUCUCCAAAGUUAGAACAAAAAUGUAGAUAAAUGCCUUAACGUUCUAACGGCUGCGUUGAAUAUCAACUUGUGCGCUAAUUUUGGCAAGUGAUCGUUGCGUGAUCGCACGUAAAACAAAAGUGAACAAAGAAGAACUGUGAAAAUUACAACAAUAAACAAUAAACAUAAUAAACUCGUAACAAUAAAAACCGUUAAGGUUGUGAGAGAACAUUAUAGUAAUCCAUAAGAAUUUUUAUUGCAAUUGCAAUAAUUUCUAAACAACAACAACAACAACAGCAAUAACAACAAAAUGUAUAUAUCAAAUUCCACCGGUGGCCUGAUGCUGCAGACGAUGCUCUAUUUGGCAAAUCAGACAAGUAGAGCAGCUGUGAACACAUUGGUCGAUCUGCCGCCAGCACAGAAGAGUGACAGCAAUGAGAUGAAAUGUUAUGGUGUUUACGGUUGCUUUCCCUUGAAUGGACCUUGGACAGCGGAGACGCGUCAAAUCAAUGUACAUCCGCAGAAACCCUCACAAAUUGAACCACAUUAUACGCUCUACACAAGACGUAACUUGGACAAACCGAAGUUCAUAGAUCUCAACGAUCCGGAAGCUGUGAGCCAUAUGGGCAUAAAUGCAGCCGGGAAAAUAUAUCUCGUCUCGCAUGGUUAUCUAGAAAAUGGCAAUAUUGAAUGGAUGAAAGAAAUGGCCAAGACAUUGCUUCAAAGCGAAGCAGAGGGUAAUGUGGCAGUGAUACUCAUCGAUUGGGGUGGCGGUUCGAAUCCACCAUACGUGCAGGCCGUUGCGAAUAUACGCUUGGUGGGCGCUAUCACUGCACAUGUCAUACACAUGCUCUACGAGGAACUACAACUGUCCGACCUCAGCAACGUGCACAUCAUCGGCCAUUCGCUGGGCUCACAUUUGGCUGGCUAUGCUGGCUAUCAUUUGCAGCAAGAUUUUGGCUUGAAGUUGGGACGCAUCACUGGGCUGGAUCCGGCGGCGCCACUUUUCUCCGAAACCGAUCCCAUAGUACGUUUGGAUCGCUCCGAUGCCGAAUUCGUUGAUGCCAUACACACCGACGCGAAUCCGUUCAUGAAAGGCGGUCUGGGCAUUUAUCAGCGUGUGGGUCAUGUGGAUUUCUAUCCUAAUGGCGGUUCCGAGAAUCCCGGCUGUGAUGUGCGUCUGCAGGAUUACAUGAAGAGUCGCAAGAGUUCCGUUUUCUUGAGCAUGCAAGAGUUUCUCAGCUGCAAUCACAUACGUAGUUAUCAGUACUUCACGGAGAGCGUGGAGAACAAGUGUCCGUUUAUGGGUAUCACCUGUGAAUCGUAUGAGGCCUUCAAGCAGGGGCUAUGCUCGCGUUGCGAUGAAAAUGGUCUACUGUGCAUGCGUAUGGGUCUAAACAGUUAUACGGACUAUAAAGAGCUGCAAGCGGUGGGCGAGUUGCGCAGCACUGACAAGCCGCCGAUCUUGUAUCUGACGACAGCCGAGAAGAAGCCCUUCUGUCGCAUUCACUACAAAAUCACAGUGCGUGUGUCGGGUCAUGACGAGAGCACAAUGCAUGGUGGAGAAAUCGGCACGAUUUCUGUGCGUCUGCAUUCACGUACGCGUGGCAAGAAGGUCGCAGAUCAUAUACGCUUCUCCGAGAAGCCCAUGUACUUCGAACCGGGUUUUGAGUAUAGUGCUUUGGUACCUGGCAAGGAUGUGCACGAUCCGGCGUCGUAUGCUUCGGUUUACUGGGAGUAUCAAACGAACUUCCUGAAUCCACUCACAUGGCGCAUACUCUCAGCGCCGCGCAUUUACCUGGAUUAUGUAAUAAUUGAGUCGCUGGAGCACCCCGAUAUGCAGCUGAAGCUGUGCCCGCUCAAUGAGAACGCUGUGAUAUCCGGCACGGAGAAUAUACUGCAGGAGAAGUAUUGCAAGUGAUGCAUUUCAUGGGCCGCACACUUCUUGUAAAUAUUCGCACGAGAUAAACCGAUUUUAGAACCCGUUAACUGCACUAUACACUGAAAAUCACGAAAUUUCAACAAAAUGAGACCGACGAGCUGAAGAAGACGCGCACAACUAAUGCCGUUUCCGCGGUUUAUGUCAAUUUGCAACGGAUGUGUCAAAAAGUACCGCUUCGUCUACAGUGUCUACAGCAAACUAAUACUUGUGUAUACUCACCGCAGAUGUCGCAAGCCCGAAGGUUUAUCCAAGAUGCAAACCAUAAGCGAAGUGAGAACAGUAUUGGGUCUAUUCUCAAGUGAGAAGAACACUUCAAUUAGCAGCUGCAAAAACCUUAUCCCAUUGUAGAGUUUUCAAAUUGCUCUCUUCUCAGCGUAGACUCACUACUGUAACUCUUCUCAUUCAUACAGGAAGAGUUGCUUCUGUUCAUAGUGCACAAUUUGGGUACGGUUUCAGCGUUCUCAGCUACAUUACCUGUAGGAAUAUCACAUCCACUCAUUUGUAUAUACAAACAUACAUUCAUCGAUAUAUAAUUAUAAUGAAAAUCCAUCUGUACAUACAUUACCUUAUAACAGUAUAACUGCUACCACUACUACAUAUAUACAUAUUUAUUGAAUAAUUUAUGUGAACUUAUUUUGUACCUAAUUUAUUUACAUAUUUAUGUAACGAUAAAUAAUAUAAUUUGCUAAUAAAAUAUUUAAGUUUAAAAGAAUUUAUGCUACUUAAAA